AUGGCAUCCUCGUUGCCACCUGCGACCAAAGCCACCACCAAUUUCCCUCUGACACACUCUUUUCGCCUCUCUCCUAAACCCAGCAGCCUACGCUUUCCCUCCACCAAGCCUGGUCAUUGGGUGUCCUUCACUAGGUUUAAGGCACAAUUAAGUGAGGUUGCCCUUGAUAGUUCCUCCAAUGCUACUCCAAUCAUAGCCAAAUCUAAUGAGGAACCACUCGCAAAACCUUCUGCGGGAUCAUCUUCUUCAGUCUUGGCAACUCAAGAAUCGGUCUCCCAGUUUAUUACUCAAGUUGCAAGUCUUGUCAAGCUUGUUGAUUCGAGAGACAUUGUCGAGUUGAAGAUGAAGCAGUAUGACAUUGAACUAACAAUCAGGAAAAAGGAGGCUAUGCCUCAACCUGCACCUUCUCCUCAACCUGCAGUGAUGUAUUCAUCUCUUCCACCAGCGGUAUCACCACCACCUUCUCCAACACCUACUCUAGCUAGUCCAACUGUUACACCAACUUCUUCCCCUGCCCCCAAGUCAACCAAAUCAUCACUUCCACCUCUAAAAUCUCCUAUGGCAGGGACAUUCUACCGAAGUCCUGCACCUGGUGAACCUCCCUUUGUGAAGGUUGGAGACAAAGUGAAGAAGGGGCAAGUUAUAUGCAUCAUCGAGGCAAUGAAAUUAAUGAAUGAAAUAGAACUUACUUUCCACUUCUGCUUUAGUGAGUUCAGACUUCGCCAUAGGACAGAUAAGGAUCUUUUGUUUUUCUUUGGAAGUCAUGGUGCCACUAUCUUCCUAAUUGGUGAAGUGGCCGCUGCUUUGUUCUUACUGACUUGGGCUGAUCAGUCAGGAACUGUAGUUGAAAUAGUAGCCGAAGAUGCCAAGCCUGUCAGCGUUGACACUCAGAUUAUGAGUGGUAAAGAGAUUCCUUAUUCUCAAAUAAUCAAGAAAUGGUACAAGCCAGCUGAGAUGGGAAGUAGUACUGUUAAUGCUGAACCUAACCUUCAUCUCAAUUUUGGAAUGAUGCUUUCAAACAUUAGUCUCCAUCACGUAUAUGAGAUGAUAAACAAUUGUGUAUAG